AUUAUAAUGGCUCCCAAAGACAAAAAUGCAGGCCAAGUCUUGAAGGAAGGAAACGUCAGCGGAAAUACAAAGAGCAAAGAGGUGCAUUAUAGGGGAGUUAGGAAGAGACCAUGGGGUAGAUACGCAGCUGAAAUCAGAGAUCCCGGCAAGAAGAGACGCGUUUGGCUUGGUACUUUUGAUACGGCUGAGGAAGCUGCCAGAGCCUACGACGCGGUGGCACGUGAGUUUCGUGGGCCUAAGGCUAAGACCAACUUCCCUUUACCAGAUGAAACGAACAGCUACAUAGGUAACAAGGACAAGAACCAGCAGAGUCCUAGACAAAGCAGCACCGUCGAGGAAUCCUCUAGCCCAGCGGUGCAGCGUGAGCUUAAGCGUGAAGGCGAAAGUGUGAAUGGGGUUGUAGGGAGAUUUCCUUUCGCGUGCCACCAGCAGCUAGCUCUGGGUAGUGGUGGAAUGGGUGGGGUGGCUCACGCGCGGCCAGUUCUGUUUUUCGAUGCGUCGGGGAGAACUGAGGUUGUAGGUCAGGUUUACCGGCUUCCUUUUGAGCCGGUCGAAGUUCGGUUGAGUAUGGGUUUUGGAGGUAGGGUCCAAAGUGAGUCGGACUCUUCUUCAAUCAUUGAUUGUAAGCCAAGGUUGCCGAGCCCCUGUCUCGAUCUUAAUCUUCCUCCACCAGUGGAUGCUUGAUAGUUUAUAGCAGCUUUUUAAGGCAAAUAUUUUGGUUUCACUAUAAUUUUCAACAUGUGAAUAGGUAGGAGCUUCGAAGAGCAAGAAAAAAGAAAAGAGUGAGAAACUUUUUUAGUUAAGGUUUAUCCUAAAUCUGAUGUAAAUAAUAUAGGAUAGUGAUCCCUGUUUUUGGCAACUGAGAGGAAAAGAAAUUAUACUUUCUCUUAGCUGUUUUUGUCAGAGCCUCGUGUUAAGACUACAAACGUCACAAGCUCCGCAGGCUACAACAAGGGAUGCAAUACAGACCAAAUUCGCUGCACCAGAUGUAACAGUGAUUAUUGAAGCCAUGAGACCGAAAGAAAAAGCUGUUAGGUUUAGAAAGGCUCUGAUGCCAUGUAAAGCGUUUGCUCUAUUUGUAAUACAUAUAUACAGUAAUUGACAGUUAGAAGAUAAGUAGAAAUUUAUUCCAGACUUAAAUCCUAAUAUAGCUAUGUUGUAACAACAGGAUUAAAAUUACACGAGAUAACUGAAGAUGCUAAGUCAAAGAGAGCUAAUUCAGUUGUGGAUAAGAUGUAGGUGUAUAUGGAGGCAAUCCUUGAAUUGCAGUUGUUUGCUGGAAGCUGCUGCUGUUGCUUGGAAUCGAUCCUUUGGAAAAGAUUGAUCGUGGUUCAACUGUUGUAGAUAUCUUGCAAUUGAUGAUACAUCUGGUGCAGCCAAUUUAGUCUGUAUUGCAUCCCUUGUUGUAGCAGAUGCAGCUUGUGAUGUUUGUUUUUUUAACACCUCUCAUUCAAACUAAUAUUUUUAUUUUCAAUGAUAUGAAAUAUGAAGUCUCUAAUAUUGCUUCUUGC